AUGGUGCUUAUGCACCUUCCACUGCCUGUGGACAAAGGGGAGACUCAGAAAGACGUGGAUGCUCUGCUUCACGAGCUUGCCGACAUCGGUGAAAAAGGCUUUCUCAGAUACCUCGAGAAGGUCCUUCCGCAUGAGCUCGAAGUGGACGAAGCCUUUGCCAAAGAAUUCCACGUCGCCGAUGAGAGCCGAUGGAACGACGGUUUCUUCAGGUGGCAGAAGCGAGUGUACUCCAGGCUUUCGAAGAUUCGAAUCGAGGAGAUUCUUUGGGAUGGAAAACCCGUCCCAGCUCUCCCGGGUGUUAGCUAUCGAUGGGAUGAGCUCCACAAGUUUCAGGGGAUGAAGAGGGUCAUGACGAAGAUCUUCGGGCAAGUGGCUGCUUACAAGAAGGCUUCGGAUGCGACGCUGGAGGCGAGCGACAGCAGGAAAGGACGAUUCAUUCCGUGGGUCGAAGUUUACCGGCCCCGCGAGUUCCACCAUCCGCACACCCACACCGGGUCGCCCAUCGUGGGUACCCUGGUGCUGAGGUGCGGAAAGCAGAAGCAGCGGUUGGUCUUCGAGGAUCCGAGGGGCAUCAACCCUCCCUUCGGGCGCAAGCACAACGUCGAUGUACAAGAAGGUGAUCUGCUUCUUUUUCCUUCAUGGGCGUCGCACUUCGUUGACCCUAACAGGGGAAACGAGACGCACGUUUUCCUGAGCUUCGCAAUUCAGGGACACGGAGGGCCUCAAGACUUUGACUGGGAGGAUGAUGGUACAGGUGCCAUCGUGAAGAAGAUGGACCGGAGAAUUCGAGCAAAGGCGAAGAAGGGGACCACCGCACCACCCAGAAAAGAGCGAAGUGAGCUGUUGUGGCUUCUGUCAGGAGUCCGCUGCAGUGUGCUCGACUGCGACAUGGAGCUGCUUUUGACGCUGCAGCGGCAGGUGGAGCCUGCUGUCUCAGAGAUAGCAGAGAUCCACUUCAACUUUACCUCUGGCAGACAGCAGGAGGUUAUCGAGCGCAUGACGGUCUUCCAGGUGAACCAACUAUGCAAAAGCGCAACUAGUGUGCUGGAGUCCCUGCGGCUGACCAUGGGCUCCCUCGUGUGUCCUGCUCAUUUUGAUGAUGGCUCCGGACAAAGAAGCUCCUCGGAGUUGCCAGAGCAUCUCAAACCAUCGAAGUUCGUCCAACAAUUCUUCUCCGACGUUCGGCAGCUGGCAAGGAGUGGAACUACUGAGAUCUACACCCCCGAGGUGGUGGCGCAAAUCGAAGCUUCUUGGCACAGCUCGGCAUUGGAGUUCCUGAACUUGGCGCAGCGCCUGGAAGCCUGGGUGGUGGAAUCCCGACGGAGUGGGGGACGCAUGCAGGCCUCUACCUUCACGUCGGUCGAGACCCUUGUCGAGCGGUUCAUGAACAUGGCCCUCGACUUUGUGCGAUCUUUGGCAGAGGACAUGGGCCUCAUGUUCCGGGCACCCAAUUACGUUCCACGCGAGCUUACACCAGCAGGAGCUUCCGACACAGACGAGCAUCUGGCAGAGAACUCGCUCUGGACUGUAGACGUUUUCAGGGACUCUGUCGAUGGAUUGGCUCUGAAGCCCGAGUUCCUGAACAUGCUGCUCCAGAUGCCAGCUCCUCUUGCUCAUGCGCCUCUACAUCCCGACUUCAAAGUGUGCGAGUCCCUUCCUGAAGUCACCUCAGUUCCACUUGGAACAUCCACGGAGUUUCUGGAUGAAAAAGGAGGCUGGGCGCACAGAGAUGUAACUGGCGCCCACCGACGCGACGCAUCACCCCUGCAGUUGUUGCAAGCGGCUGCCAGCCGGGGCACCCGAUUGUCCAACCUCUUCAUCUCGGUGCAGGUGUCGCCAUACCUCCUUACACCGACGCCCUACUGCGGUGCCACUCUUACCCUGUAUGAUCCCAGCCAUUGUUUGGUGGAGCGCAAAUGGGCUGGCUACUUCUUCCAUCUGAACCCGAUGCCACCCUUCAACGUCUCUGUGGUCUACGUAGGUCGGCCGCUGGGGCCGGGUUCCGACCUCCCGAGCUUCGAAGUUCACCAUAUCCCUCUGCCAUCCAUGGACACCCAGUGGAACAGCCUCGUGUCGCUUUUCAAGUCGAUGAACCAUCACAGCCCGGACACAUUGUUCCUCAGCCCUUUCGUGGGCAACUGCCAGAUCAUCGACCGCCUCAUGAGAACUGGCACGAUCAAGCCCAAGAUCCUCUACUUGCCGAUCAAUCCUCUGGUGCCGCCAGGCCAUCAUGUCAAGCCGGAUUUCUUCAAGUGGUGGGACGAGCACGGCUUUGUGUUCAUGAGGCAGGUGAUGGAGGGAAUCAGCGCAACCGGGGACGAUUCUGGAAUGCCACCGGUGACGACAUCUAUUUGGCUGGCACAGUGUUCGCUUUCGGCUGGCAUAGAAGUGGUGAGUGGCUACGGCUAUGAGCUGCUGCAUGUGGAGCACACUUACGCCGUGUUCCUGUGGCGGCCGUUGUACAAGGAGCUUGAGUUCGCCAAGGCCUCCGGAUCUACGAGCGCAGCGGUCGAUGUCCGUGACGCCUGGCUACGGGGCUGGCACUGCUCUCCCAUGGCCCGCUUUGUGUUCGACCUGGAGAUCUGGGGCAAACACUCAAUUCCGGAGGAGAUGCGACUCACCUCCGAUGAGGCCGGCUCUACUGAUCGAGCUGUCCUGCGCCGCUAUGCCGCCUCGGUGAUGACGGAGACUCCAGCCUUGCGCUAUCUCCUGGAGAGAGGUGCGAAGAGCAAUGGAAAUCUCCAACGAGGCCACUGCGGAGAAGGGCUGUGUGAGUGUUUGCCACCCUUCCGCGGACCACUCUGCGAACUGGAGGACCCCCCUCGUGUCCAGCAGAAGCUUCGGGCCGUGAUCCACUACAUCACUGCGGAGACAGAGCGCGACCUGCAAGACCUGGAGCGUUCCCUCACAAGCUUGUGGAUCCACUACAACAAAGGGUACGACUACCCAGUAGUGAUCUUCCAUGAGGGACUGAGCAAGAAGGGUCGGGAGCGCAUCAUCGCCGCGUCUGAGAACCGGGUCUGGCUCGCUCUGGUGCCACGCUUCAAGGAGGUCCCUCCGGAAUGGGCGGAGGUGUCGCGGCAGCGUGCUUCGGAGUUUGCUGUCGGCUACCGAGCAAUGACGCGGUGGCGGUCUGGCCCUGUCUUUCUGGAGCCAGCACUUGCAGGCUUCGAUUAUGCCAUGACCUUGGACACGGACUCCUACUUUCCGGGCCCUUUGGGCGUGGAUCCCUUUGAAGUGCUGCAGGCGCAGGGCUUGACGGCAAUGUUCCCCCACUUGGGCAGGGAGUCUGCCAGUGUGGUGGUGAACUUUAUGCACUACUUCCUGCUCUACUGCAGACUCCAGAAACUGGAUCCUCGCCGCACGAGGAUGCUCGCGGCUCUGAUCGAGAAGAACUACAAAUGGUACCAGCAGUGCCUGAUGCUGGAUAUCGAGAUCCUUCGGUUGGACUGGUUCCGUGGGCCAGUGUACCAGGACUUCUUCCGGUACAUGGACUCUGUAGGUGGCUUUUGGAUCCACCGCUGGGGCAACAACCCGGUCCGAACCUUCGCCGUAACGCUGCUCCUGGAGGAUAAGGACGUUCGCACGGCCUUCCUCCCCUACGCCCAUCAGGACUUUUGUUCCUGUGGUGCGGGCCGCGCCUGCCAGUGGAUUUCCGAGAAAGAGGAGUACACUUGCGACGAGAAGUUGGAGCCUGCGGCUAUUGCAAUGGAGGAGCUCGCAGAAGGAUUGCUUGACUUGCAGCCCUGGCGUGGAUCAGCCCGCCAGCUGAGUCGGCAGUCCCAACAGAUGGACGUGAUUCGCUUCGCUUCCGGGCAAACUUGA